GCCAUGUAUUGCCAGAAGUGUCGCACACCGUUGAAGCUGGAUGGCUCAAUAGAGUCCCUCAACCCAGCUGCCUUUGACUUACUAUCUCACUCUACUGGCAAGACGCUGUCAGACACUGGAGCUACCUCCUCGUCAGCGCGAUCGUCAUAUCCGCCCGAACACCGCGACAAGUAUGACCAGUCUUCCAAGAAUGUCACCCCGCCAGUUUACAGAAGGUCUAUCCCUGCCCCGCGUGCAGGAGGGCAACCCAACCCGCCGUCAAUACCACGGGGCGACAGCGGGAACAUGUCAUUCGUGAUGUUGACCGAGUCUCAAGUCGCGCCACCGGUCGCCGAUACUAGUUCAGCUGCUCGGAGCAAGCGAACUCAUACACAGGUCCAACCCCGUGGCCAGGAGGACGGAUCAUUCGUUGAUCAGGUGGAGAAGACGACACGGCUGUUUGAGAUAGUCUCGGCGCGCUCCGAUAUUGAUCAUCCGAUUUGUGUGGAAUGUACGGAGCUGCUUGUGGAAGGGCUGCAAAAACGCUUAACGGGAUCUACGAAGGAGCGAGAUGCCUACAUAUCGUUUCUCCGGAACUUGAGUGAGUCGAUCCCGACCGACGAAGAGCUGCAGGCAGCAGAGAGAUCAUUGAAUGCAAGUCUCGAAGCGGAGCGUGCCACAUUUGCAGAGCUGCAGUCUCUUGAGAAAGAAAAGGCUACCUUGGAUGCAGAAAUUGCGGGUCUGGAGAUCGACUCGCAACGUCUGGAUGAGGACGAAGAGAACUUCUGGCGGUCUCGCAAUGCGUUUGCCUUGACGCUAACAGAGUUCCAAAACGAGCGGGAUGCGCUCAAUAUGCGCUAUGAUCACGACUCACAGCAGCUCGAGCGACUACAAAGGACAAACGUCUACAAUGACGCGUUCUGUAUUGGUCAUGAUGGAUACUUCGGUACUAUCAAUGGACUACGCUUGGGCCGGCUAGCCAAUCCUUCCGUCGAUUGGCCUGAGAUCAAUGCUGCGUGGGGACAAACAGUGCUGCUCCUCGCCACCAUGGCUGAAAAACUCGGAUUCCAAUUCCAGGGGUACCGUCUCAGGCCGCUGGGGUCGAACUCGCGCAUUGAGAAGAUUGAAUAUCCGGUGCAGCCAUCCGGUCAGCCUGUCGAGGGCGCUGCACCCAAGGUCAGCCAAUACGACUUGUUCUCAUCCGGCGAUCUCCCUUUGAAUCUUCCUUGGCUUCACCGUCGCUUUGACUCGGGUAUGGUGGCGUUCCUCGAGUGUCUUCGGCAGCUAGGCAAGUUCGUUGAGAAGACCCCUACCCCCAUCGCGAAUCCCCGCCGGGGCCAGACCGGCGCCACUGCACCCGGGUUGAAAUUGCCCUACGAGAUCAAGCGGGACCGCAUCGGUGACGCGAGCAUCAAGUUGGGCUUCAACCAGAAUGAUGAGACGUGGACUCGUGCCUGCAAGUACACGCUCACAUGCUGCAAGUUCCUCCUUGCGCAUGCCAGCAAUUUAGCGAGCACGGGGUCUAGCAACUCAGCUGCCGUCGCGGCUGCGGCCAUCGCAGCCGCCGACCAAGUCCGACAGACGAGCAGUCCCGCCAAGAACCGACCGUGA